CCGUCUGUCCACUGGCUGUGCUACACCCCGGCCCUGGGUGAGAGGAUGCGGCCGCUCGCACUCCUCUUCCUCUGCAGCCUCUCAGGCUCUACUGCUCUCAGGGGACCCAGAGAAGUUGUCGGUCAAGCUGGAAGCUCCUUGAAUGUGACCUGUCAGUAUGAGGCCCAGUAUAAGAGUUCCCGGAAGUGGUGGUGCCGAGAGGCAGACCUCGGUGCCUGUCAGAACAGUGUAGAAAUCUCUAAAGAAAAGCUGGUGGUGAGGAAGGACCGGGUGACCAUCAGGGAAGACCGCAGUGGGGGCAGGUUCACAGUGACCAUGGAGCAGCUCAGGGAUGAUGAUGACGACACGUACUGGUGCGGGAUUGACAGACCAGGACCUGACUUGAGGUUCCCAGUCACUGUGACCAUCAGCCCAGCAAACACAGGACCUACCAGCAUGGCUACUUUCUCCAGGAAUGUCCCCCCAGGACUCGACUCCCCUGAAGAGAACGCAGACUCCCCCAACAAGACCCAUCACCCCAGUAAGGCCCGGGCCCUGCUCAGCAGCGUCCACUUUCUGCUCCUGGUCUUCCUGAAGGUGCCCCUGUUUCUGGUCAUGAUGGGGGCUGUUGUCUGGGCAAGCUGGCCUCAGAGGGGCCCUAGGAAACGGACAGAGAACCGCCAAUCACAGAGCAUUGAGGGGCCGCAGAAAUUGGGGUGCCAGGAAGAACCGGGGUCACCAUCCUGCAGUGCCCAGUCCCCACUUCCUGAAACACUGCCCAUACACAGCUGAACGUUUCCAGGUCCUGCUUGAGGGGGGACGCUGUGGCCAGAGAUGGGGUGAAGGAGCAGGAGGCCCCCACGCAGGAUGUAGUGAAGAGAACGUCUGGCCUCUUCUCCUGGAACAAGUCCACAGCUUCCAGCGGAAACAGCACCCUGGAGAACCUGCCUCUGUGGAAAUGGUCAGGGGAGGGGUUUCAAAUACUCACUGCAGGGAAAAAGGGUCCAGGAAGGGAGUCCCGGCUGUGACACUGGUUAUGGGUGUGGGUGUUUUUGCCGGGAAUAUGCCCAACAGUCCCAUUUCAGGGCAGCGGACUUCUGGAUUCUGCUUUUCACUAAUAUCCUCCCUUAUUUGUCCCUCUCCACCUCGCCCUCUGGGCCACAAGCAGUCUGGUAGCAAAAUUAAUAUAAGAAAGCCCUUCCUGAGGGCCCCCCAGGUUCACAGAAAAACACCACCUAGAGGUAUUCCAAAGUCCUUCCUGACUGUCAGCAGGCAAAAUACCUCUUAAGGUAUUUUUCUCUUUUCCUCAGUCCAAGAACUCCAUCAACAGCUUAAUACUAGUCAUUUUGUAUGGACAUAGAAAGAGAUACAUCGAGGCUUGUAAGGCAGCUCUCCUAGCAACAUCUUGCCACAGACUCAGACUACAGCACUCAGGCAAGAUUAAUCAUUGCUAACCCUAGUAGGGCAGAGUGUCUCUUGCCCGCACCUGGCUGUCUUCCCCGGGAACCCUUGGAGGAGAUGGGCUCCAGCUUCCCUCCCUGACCCAAGCAGAGCUCCCGGGGGCCGAAGACCUCCAGAGCCUAACCACAGCCAUGCUCAAGGACCCUCUCCACAUGUUCGGACGAGCCUCAUGUAUGAAGGAACCAGCAGAGGAACCCAGGAGUGUGGGACCCGGGGCUGAGACCCCCAAGGCUGCUCGGAUCGGGACUGGGCCUGCCCCUCCCAGAUUUCUCAUUUCCCAGUAGAUAGGCGUUUACACCCAGGGACUGUCCCCAGUGCCCUGUAAUCUCAUCCAUAGCCACCAUCCAGAGACUUAAGAGCAAGCUCCUGGAAGCGCGUGGCUGCAAAGCGGCCACACGAUAUCUUAUAGCCUACUUCUCCCUCUGGGAGAUCCUGACAAACUAUUGGAGUUUCCUGCCCACAUGAGAGAGCCUUGCAAGGUCCCCAUGGUGUAUUAAUAUGCCAAAACCAGUAACAAGCUGGGUCCCAUUCCCCCGACCCUGUAAGAGCCUCCAGUAAGGCAUUGUUGGGAGGACGAGCAGAAAGAGGCUUCUAAAAUCUCAGGGCUUGGACGAAUGGAGACGUUACUGAGACUGCUCAAGAAAUUUGAUGAUCAGCCCUCUUCUCCUAAAGACUUUGAUUCCAGAGACCAAACACAUUUGAGCAUCCAGCUCAGCUUCUUAUAGCAAUGCACUGGGACUGUGAACUGGGCUACAACUCCGUGCUGCCCGGGGGUGGAUCUUUCCUCCCCACCCUGUCUUCCUGCAUGGAAAAUGGCGGCGGAAGCAACAUCCACAUGGCAGGAGCCAUCUUCUUAGACUCCUAACCCAGAGGUAUACGAUUUUUACAUUUGGAGCUUCUAGGGAAUCAUGGGAAGUGGGUGUAACCGGCAUGCCCUCGGCCCAGAUAAAUUUGGAGCUGUGAGAGUGAAGCGGACACUCUGCGCCCAAAGACUUUGAUUCCAGAGACUUCUUACAGCAAUGCACUGGGACUGUGAGUUGGCCUAUGCAAUUUCUGGCAGAAGUUUCCUUGGAUUUUAUACAGAAAUCCAAAAUUAUAGACUUAACAUCUAUAAUUGUCAGCAAUGUGAAACGAUUCCUUUUUAACAGGUCUGACUUGGGGGGGAACUCCAAAUACAACAAAAACAGUGAGUUUUUGUUGAAAUAUUGAAGGUUAUUAAAGUAGCAGCCAUUUCUUUGGACCAUGAACUAAGCAACAACCCCAUGCUGGCUGAGAAGAGGAAAUAUCCUUCUUUCCCGGUUGUUUCACAUUUUCAGGGAGAAGCGUGGCGUGGCGUUCACCAUACUAUGAGGCGCAGGAAGGGGGAUGAUGGGGGAAAAAAAGGAAAAGGGAAAAAAAGAGUUAUGU